AUGAGCAGCAAGGCCCUCGACCAGCCCACCCGCUCCUUUCCCGUUAGCACGAGCGCCGAGCGCGCCGCCGGCUUCCUCGCCGCGUCCGUCUUCUCGCUUGUGUACGUGGUCGCGCCAGUUUGGCUGCUUGCGGCUCUCGUGUCUGUCUUUGCGAGCGGGCUCACCUCUCUAUCCACGCUGCUGCUAUGGGCUCCGCUGCUCGUCUCUGCGCUGCUGCCCGACACGGGCGGUAGCAUCAGCCCGAUCGUGCUCUGCUCGUGGCCGGUGCGGCAGAUUCCAAAGUACUUCCGCUACGAGGAGUUCCACGAAGCGACCGAUCGUGAGCUGCGCGCCACCGGAAAGAGCUACGUCGUCGGCGCCCACCCGCACGGCGUGUUCUCCUUUGUUGGCGUCUGCGCCGCCAUCGCAAGCAUGAACGACGCCGAGGGAGGGUUCGGGCCGAGGCUCGCCCAGCACGUGCCCACGGCUGCCGCGUCGGUGCUCAAGGUGUUUCCUCUCCUGAAGGAUGUGCUCGGCGUCUUCGGCGUCAUCCCCGCCGACGGCAAGACGCUUGCUCGCCGCCUGCAGAAAGGCUCCUUCGUCCUGUACAUUGGCGGGAUGGCGGAGCUCUUCCGCAGCAGUCCGAGGCGCGAGACCGUCUUCCUGCAGGGGAGGAAGGGCUUCAUCAAGCUGGCGCUCAAGUCGGGCGCAGAUGUCGUGCCGGUGUACCUCUUCGGAAACACGACCGUCCUCAAGGCGCUCACCUGGGGCCCGCUCGCCGACUUGUCGCGCAAGCUCGGCGUCUCAGUGACGCUCUUCUGGGGCCGCUUCGCGCUGCCGGUGCCAAAGGAAGUGCGGCUGACGUACGCCCGCGGCCGGCCUCUCGGCCUCCCACACAUCGCCGAGCCGUCGCAAGCCGACAUCGACCACUGGCACGCAAAGUACUGCGAGGCGCUGCUGCAGCUGUUCGAUCGGUACAAGGGCACGAACCCCGACUACAAGCACAAGACUCUCGCGAUUGAGUGAUGCGGGCGCAUCUCCGGCAACGUGGUUGUAUGGACGUGUAGUAGUCAGUACGGAGUUGCUUGGGCUUGGGGCUGGAUUGCCAGGUCUGUUUGUCUCGCUUCCCGCCGUCCCAAGUGUUGAUGUGCCUACGGCUCACAGGGAGCAGGGGGGGGGGGGCUCCAUGGGCUCGUGGUCGUGAGUGAGACGAUUACUCUCCCGUCUACGGCUUUUGGUGCUUUUGACAUUGUAUACCCGG